UGUACAUUGUUCGGUCGUAUACACCGUUUGUUGCGCAAAGGCAAUUAUGCUGAACGUGUUGGUGCUGGUGCUCCCGUAUAUUUAGCUGCUGUUAUGGAAUAUUUGGCAGCUGAAGUUCUUGAAUUGGCUGGUAAUGCUGCCCGUGAUAACAAAAAGACAAGAAUUAUUCCAAGACAUUUACAAUUGGCCAUCCGUAAUGAUGAAGAAUUGAAUAAACUAUUAUCUGGAGUCACUAUUGCUCAAGGUGGUGUUUUGCCAAAUAUUCAAGCUGUACUUUUACCAAAGAAGACUGAGAAAAAAGCAUAAAUUUCUAUCUCGGAGAGACAUA